UGGAAUGCUGGAAAAGGCAUUCCUUAACCUUAUUUUUGUUUAUCUUUUUUUGCCUUCCCUGCAAUUCACGCUGAGGAGUUUCUAUUAUCUCACGGUGUUGCUUUUACUCCAUCAAUUAUACAAGACUGUUUAAUUGGGCGCACUUUAUAGUGACAUAAGGAAAGUUUAUUGCGUCGGCAGAUUAAACAAUCAGAGAUUAAGAACAAUGUUCCUGUCCAAAGUCGCCAGGAGAUUCCCUCCCCUGCUGAGGGCCGGCUCGUGUAGAUUCGCCUCCACGGAGCUGGUGCGAACGCAGGUGGACGACAAGACCGGGAUUGCCGUGGUCACGAUGAACAGACCUCCGGUGAACAGCUUGAAUCUAGAUUUGCUGCGCGAACUUUCAUCGGCUCUGGAUGAUGUGGAGAAGAACAAGUCUGCCGGCUUGAUCCUCAGCUCCUCGUCGGACACCGUCUUUUGCGCCGGUCUGGACAUCAUGGAGAUGUACAAGCCGGAUCCGGAGCGUCUGAAGGACUUCUGGACUGCGGUGCAGGACGUGUGGCUGAAGCUGUUCGGAUCGCCCUUCCCCACGGCGGCGGCGAUCAACGGACACGCGCCGGCCGGUGGCUGUCUGCUGGCCAUGUGCUGUGAGUAUCGCGUGAUGAGGCCCAACUUCACGAUCGGCCUGAACGAGACGCAGCUGGGAAUCGUGGCGCCGUCCUGGUUCAUGGACACCAUGCUGAACAUCCUGCCGCGCCGCGAAGCGGAGAUGGCGCUGACGAUGGGCAAGAUGUUCAGCACGGAGAAGGCGCUGGAGAUCGGGCUGGUGGAUCAGGUGGUGGACACGAAGGAGGAGACGAUCGCCAAGUGCACGGAAUUCAUCCAGCUGUUCGCGAAAGUGCCCAAAGUGGCGCGCUCCAUCACGAAGCAGGCCUUCAGGAGCCAGGCUCUCGGGAGUCUGGACAGAGAGCAGGAUCUGCAGCUCUUUCUGUACUCCGUCCAGCAGCCGCAAGUGCAGAAGGGCCUGGGAUUGUACAUUGAGAGCCUGAAGAAGAGGAAGUGAGAAAACAGAAGC